GCGAGGCGCGUCUCCGUGUGUUGCCGCGCGCCCCCUACAUUGAAUCACUUGUGUGUGUGAGCGCGCCGGGGGGCCGAGUUCUCGCGAGAAGUGUCGGAGGAUUCCGGGAGAGAACAGUGUGAUCUCUAUCUUGUGCAGAGAGGAGAACAGCAGAUGAACAGAAGAAAUGCUGAGUGGAGGAUUACAAGAGAGGAACUGAGCUGUGCUUGUUACUUCUGGAACUGCAUCACCAGGACGGUCACGGUCUCCGCAGCUGUGAUGAUGUCAUGAUCAUGUGACCACACCCCACGGGGACAACCUUCUGAGCAGGCAAGCAAAGCAACACACACUACCAAGGUCCCAAAAUGCUUGCUGGAAUGGAAGAGCUGCUCCUGUUACCUGGAGAGGUGGUAAAAGAUAUGGCUAAAGAUGUCACAUACAUCUGUCCAUUUACUGGGGCCAUCCGGGGGAGUUUCACAGUUACCAACUACAGACUGUACUUUAAAAGUUUGGAGCGGGAUCACCGCUUGAUAUUGGAUGCUCCCCUGGGUAUCAUAAGUCGAAUUGAAAGAAUUGGAGGAGCUGCAAGUCGAGGAGACAAUUCAUAUGGGAUAGAAAUUGUGUGCAAGGACAUGAGAAACAUGAGAUUUGCCCACAAGCAAGAUGGACACCCUCGCAAAACUGUGUUUGAGAGCCUCAUGGCCUAUGCCUUCCCAUUGAAUCACAAUUUGACUAUGUUUGCCUUUGAAUACAAGGAAGUCUUUGGGGAAAAUGGCUGGAAGGUGUAUGACCCCAUACUAGAGUACAGAAGACAGGGGGUACCUAAUGAGAGUUGGAGAAUUACAAGAGUAAACGACCGAUAUGAUCUUUGUGACACCUACCCAGCCACUCUGGUCAUCCCAGUAACUAUGCCUGAUGAUGAACUGAGGAGGAUUGCCGUAUUCAGAGCAAAUGGGCGUAUACCAGUCCUCUCUUGGAUUCACCCGGAAACUCAGGCUACCAUCAUACGGUGCAGUCAGCCCACACCAGGGGUCACUGGGAAGAGGUGUAAAGAAGAUGAGAAGUACCUCCAAUCCAUCAUGGAUGCCAAUGCGCAAUCCCACAAAAUCUUCAUUUUUGAUGCUAGGGCUAGUGCCAAUGCUGUGGCUAAUAAGUCUAAAGGAGGAGGAUUUGAAAGUGAGGAUGCGUACCAAAACGCGGAGCUGAUCUUUCUAGACAUCCACAAUAUUCAUGUGAUGAGGGAAUCUCUAAGAAAACUGAAGGAGAUCUCCUAUCCUAGUAUUCAGGAAUCACACUGGCUGUCUAAUCUGGAGUCCACACACUGGUUGGAGCACAUUAAGUCCAUCCUGGCUGGUGCCUUGCGGAUUGCUGACAAAGUGGAAUCUGGAAAGACCUCGGCGGUGGUUCAUUGCAGCGAUGGCUGGGACCGCACUGCGCAGCUCACCUCUCUUGCCAUGCUCAUGCUGGAUGGUUACUACCGCACCAUUCGCGGCUUCCAAGUGCUGGUAGAAAAAGAAUGGCUCAGCUUUGGGCACAGGUUCUAUCUUAGAGUUGGCCAUGGUGACAAGAACCACGCAGAUGCCGACAGGUCCCCGGUGUUCCUGCAGUUCAUUGACUGUGUUUGGCAAAUGACGAAGCAGUUUCCUCAUGCAUUUGAAUUCAAUGAACAUUUUCUGCUGACUAUUCUGGAUCACCUUUACAGCUGCUUGUUUGGAACAUUCCUGUGUGACAGCGAGCAGCAAAGACUACAAGAGUCCGUUCUGGAAGAGACUGUCUCCCUGUGGUCGUACAUUAACAGCCAACUUGAAGACUUUACUAAUCCACUAUUUGUGGAUUACUCUGACCACGUCUUGUACCCGGUGACCAGCACUAGGCAGCUGCAGCUUUGGGCAGAAUAUUACAUAAGGUGGAACCCAAGGACUAAACCGCAUGAUGCUGUCAAGAGUCAGUGUAAGGAUUUGCUUGUCAAGCGAGCGGAGCUACAGAAGAAAUUGGAAGAGCUCAAGCAGGAGAUGAGUAACCGCUCUAUGUCUUCUGACCGGGGAGGGUCUGUGCAUUCUGUCACCCAGACCGUCGUUUAACCUGUUCUAUUCAUCUGGAACUAAUAAUAACCUUAUGUCUUAAGAGUCCCUCAUGCAUUUGGUGGUUAGGUUGCUCACCAUUGUCUGUAGGGUACUGUGCUCCAAAAUAGUUCUAUUUGCACUGAUUAGACUGCAUGUCUGGAAUUGCAGUGGACUUUAUCUGCUCAGUUUAA